AUGAAACUACUAUUGGUAGCAGCACUAGCCGUUUGCUUCGGUCAGCUUCAAGCUGCACCGGUAGCGAGUGAUACAGCCCUCGCGCUAUCUUCGGAAUUGCAUGAACGAUUCUUCAACGAAUUGAACAACCUGCUCAAAGGCGUUGCGCAGGAAACGAUCGAUAGUGUCACUCUGGCGGGGCAAAACACGCGCGCCCAAGUCCGUUCGGUCCUCGAUGCCAUCAAAGAGCUAGAGACGCUCUAUAACGAGAAGGUUCUGCAGGAAAUUGCAAAAUACGACGGUCCGUUGGGUGAGUUGGGGAGGAAGGCCUCACCGUGCUUUGAAGCGGUCGGACAGGCCAUAAAGGACAGCGUGGCAGGGGCCGGCGAAAGUGCGGGACAGUGCGCGAAGGAAACGUUGAGCCGCGUGCGACAGAUCCAGCAGAACAUCGAGGAGUUCAUGAGUCUGGCACUCGGCAAGGUGAACGAAAUUGUUGCGAUCGGAACGAAAUGUCUGUCGGAAAACAACUGGAUCGUAGAUCAAAUGAACUGUGCGCUUGAGAACGCUCCAGUGGCGGUGAACGUUGCGGAGGAAAUCGUCAAAGAUGCGUCGGAACUUGUUAGACAAACGUCCCAGGAGGUGUCCGAGAUCGCCUCCGAUACCGAACAGUGUCUUGCCGUGGCCAUAAAUGACUCUGUUGGCGAGCUCAACUCCGCACUGGAAAACGUUAGCGUGUGCUUGGAAGCUGCUGCAGGACAAUUGGAGGUGGCGGCGAUAGAAGGAGCCUAAAGAAAUACUUUACUACCUUUCCCUAACUUCAGUAAGCGCUAGCACCAAAGUUGAUCAGUUGAACAUUUGAUGUAAAAUAUUUCGAAAAUGCAAGCAAUUGUUUUUUAUUCAAUUCA